CGAUAUAAGCAUUAGUUUCCUGACAAUCGGUAAUUUCGAUUCGUUUCAUCCCGAGGAAGGGUGUUUCUUCACAUUUAUAGUUAUUUCUCAAUGUAAAUACGCGUGUGUUUGUUUCGUGUUAAAAUAGAAAUUAUACGAGACACGGAAAUACACUUAAAAUAAUCGAAAAGCCUCGAACUGGAAUGAAAGAGUAGAAUACGAACAGACGGAUUUUUGAGAUCAAAGAGCGAUUUUAAAACGAACAAGUCAUUUACUUUGAGGGAUCAUGGCACACGUGGAAAUUCCGAUGGGAGAAAUGCAAAAUCUGCUGGAAAAGCAAAGUAAAUCUACAAACGGAUUUGAAUUUUUACAACUACCUCAACUACCACUUAAUCAGAUAGGCUAUCCUCAAGCUCAUGAUUGGAUUGAACAUAGAAAAGCAAAUAUUCGGCCAUGGUCAUUGUUUCUUAAUACAAACAACAUUAGACCACCACCUAAUAUAACCAGAUUAAGCAAACGGGUUGUGAAGAAUAUUGAGUAUUUCCAGAGCAAUUAUCUAUUUGUAUUUAUUGGAUUAGUGAUAUACUGUUUAAUCACCUCACCUCUGUUAUUGCUGACAGUUGUUGCUUCUCUUGGGAUAUGUUAUAAAAUAUCUCAGCGGCAUUCAAGACAGGAAUUAAUGAUAUUCAAUCAUAAAUUGACCCUAGCUCAAGUAUAUUCUUUAGUUGGAAUUUGUUCAUUGCCUGUAUUUUAUCUGGUUGGUGCACACGCUGCUGUAUUUUGGGUGCUUGGAGUUUCAUGGUUUUUAAUAACACUUCAUGCUGCCUUUUAUAACAUUGAUGCAGUAUUGUGUCCAGGAGAGGAAGAACUCAAUGCAUUAGUUAUGCAGGAAGUAUGAUCAGAAAGCUCAUUUUCUACUAAAAAAUUUUUUGGUAUCUUAAAAUAUUCGGAAUAAUGAAUUUAUUUUAUUUACUUUGUAUGCACAUAUGUUUGAAUAGUAAAUUGAAUAGAUUUAUAUAAAAACUAAUAUAUUUACACAUUACUUAAUAAGUUGACAAAUAUUACUUCUUGUAUAUAAUAUAUGUAUAAACAAAAGCUAUAUCAAUUAAA